AUGUCAUCGCAUUUUGCGACGCAGAAGACGGAACUCUUGCGACUUACAGCGCCCGACGCCCUGAAUAACAUCUCACCCAUAGACGUCGGCAUUCGAAAGCUAGUAGAUGAGAUCAAUGAGAUAGAAACCCUUGUAACGACAAAUAGCUGUGCUGGCCGCAUUGUUGUGUAUCUGGAAGGCAGGAGUUCGACCUCUCCGCGCUCGAAUCUGGAAGAUCAUGCGCGAAUCUCUGGCGCCUCUAUCGCUGCUGAUGACAAUAACGGACAGUCCCUUUUCGUUGCGCACGACCCAUUGCCCCUCUCAGGGAAGAGUCUUGUGGCUCCCAUGUUGGGGCUCGCCGAUCAUACCAACCUCGGCGUUCCCCCGUCUAUCGAAGGCGUCAGAUGGGUGAGAUGCAAGUUUGAACCCAUGUGCUUACGCAUACUGUGCGCAUCACUUGAGAGCGCGCAGAAACUAGACACGGCAGCAUUGCAGUCUGGGUUCAGAGAAAGUGGUAUAUCAAGCAUAUCAACCGACAAUCUUCGAGCAUCGACUGCUAUGGUUGCAAUCCGAAACACCGACCUUGCUUUCGACAGUGUUAUCGGCUAUGAGGCCGAUGAUGGUAAGCUGAUACCCAUGGUCACAGAGGCAUACAUGCGUGUCUUGGUUGAACUCUGCAAUGAGAAGUUCAAAGUCAACAAACAAAAGACAGAAGCAUUCCGGGAAGCACUGUUUACAAGCUUCAAACCACAUUGA